ACCUGUGAUUGGUCACUGGAGGGGCUGGGGGGGAAAUCCCUCUUUCCCGUAGAGGUCCUGAAAGAGAGGGGCGGUGCAUAACAAAACUAAUGGCUAUCUAUUUGGGUCCUGAAGAAGGAGGGGUAUUGCUCGUCGGGGGGGACUAUCGUAGGUGUGCUUGAGUUUUCUUAAUGUAAGUGCGUACGUUCGCCCGUUAGUGAUACCCAGCAGCGCCUCGGCCGUUUGUACACUGAACGUGCGUUUCCAACGGUCGUCAAACGGUUAAUUAGCUGGCUGAACUUGGUGCCGCGUUUUCGGGUUAAAGCGGCAGCUAGCCCCCCGCUACAGCUAGCUACUACUACCACCACCACCACCACCACCACCACCAAGCGCCUCUCUUAGUGAGCCAGCGGAUUGAAAGAAGGGCGGACGAGUUUCAACGUUUCCUCCUCAAGUCUCCUCACACAUUUCUGAGUUUAAACUACAGCGAGGCACCUUCUUUUCCCUCAAAGCUAAGCCCACCCAGCCAAAAUGGAGGGGACAGUGCUCCAGAGAGCAUGAAGACGACGAGAGACCGCGACUGAAGAGGAUUAAAAGCAACUCGGGGUCUUGAUGGGGGAAAAGUUGAGCGGAGGACUAACAACUGGGAAUAACUGAAGGAAGGUUUCAAGACUCAGCUAUUGUACAAGGGCAUGCUAAAACCUCAGUAAUGGAGACAACUGUUGUGAGCACAUCCACUGUGGCCCUCGAUGAGUUUGAUAGGAACAUGCCACGGAUCUGCGGCGUGUGUGGUGACAAAGCCACCGGCUUCCACUUCAACGCCAUGACCUGUGAGGGAUGCAAGGGUUUCUUCAGGCGCAGUAUGAAGCGCAAGGCUUCCUUCACGUGUCCCUUUAAUGGCACUUGCACCAUCACCAAGGACAACAGGCGCCACUGCCAGGCAUGCCGGCUCAAACGCUGUGUGGACAUUGGCAUGAUGAAAGAGUUCAUCCUGACAGACGAGGAAGUGCAGAGGAAGAAGGACCUGAUUCAACGGAGGAAGGACGAGGAGGCGCAGCGCGAAGCAGAGAGAGAGGCCCAGCGGCCCCGGCUCUCUGAUGAACAGAGUCAGGUCAUCACCACUCUGGUGGAGGCGCACCACAAAACAUAUGACGACUCCUACUCUGACUUCUGCCGCUUCAGGCCUCCCGUACGUGAGGGCCCAGUGACGCGUAGUGCCAGUAGAGCUGCCUCUCUCCACUCUCUGUCAGAUGCCUCCUCUGACUCCUUCAGUCACUCUCCAGAGUCUGUGGACACCAAAAUGAACUUCAACAACCUGCUGAUGAUGUACCACGAGCAGGGCAGCAGCCCCGAUUCCAGUGAGGAAGAGGCCUCCAGCUUUUCCAUGCUGCCUCACCUGGCUGACCUCGUCUCCUAUAGCAUUCAAAAGGUCAUCGGUUUCGCAAAGAUGAUCCCGGGGUUCAGGGAGCUGACCGCUGAGGACCAGAUUGCCCUGCUCAAGUCCAGCGCCAUAGAGGUGAUCAUGCUGCGCUCAAAUCAGAGCUUCAACUUGGAGGACAUGUCCUGGAGCUGUGGCGGACCUGACUUCAAAUACCAGAUCAGUGAUGUCACCAAAGCUGGCCACACUCUGGAGCUGCUGGAGCCGCUGGUGAAGUUCCAGGUGGGCUUGAAGAAGCUCAACCUGCACGAGGAGGAACAUGUGCUGCUGAUGGCCAUCUGCCUGCUUUCUCCAGAUCGCCCAGGUGUUCAGGAUCACGAGCGAAUCGAAGCCCUCCAAGACCGACUGUCGGAGACCCUGCAGGCCUACAUCCGGCUUCACCACCCAGGAGGUCGUCUGCUCUACGCCAAAAUGAUCCAAAAGCUAGCCGAUCUGCGCAGCCUCAACGAGGAGCACUCCAAACAGUACCGCUCACUCUCCUUCCAGCCGGAGCACAGCAUGCAGCUGACCCCGCUGGUGCUGGAGGUGUUCGGCAGCGAAGUCUCCUAAAGACUCACAGGUUGGAGAUGCGGCAGGAGACGAGACCCCUGGUGGUGGAAAACGAAGGGAGAGAUCUGAGGAUGUGCUGGAUGGACCAAAUUGGAGGUGUGGAGAAGUGAGUGGAGGAGAGAAAGCGAUAUGUGUGUGUGUGUGUGUGUGUGUGUGUGAGUGUGUGUCUUGUCUAAUUAAGUCUAUCUUGGCAUAAAGGCCAAGGUUGUGUGGAGAGCAAGCAGAUGUUUAGAGACACAGUAAACAAGAAGACUUCAUAUGAUACAAAUCCAACUCUACAUACAACCUCUUUUUUACAUACAGUGUUUUUGUCUGUAUUUAAAUCAACCAACAGCUGCUUCAGAUGCCUGGACAUUCUGUGUGUGUACAUGAUGUACACACACCAACACAACCAACAUACUCAGUUAUCAUUUAGCCAUUCAGUUGAGCUACCUCUUGGUUUUACUGGGGUUGUUUUAUAUUUGCAUCACCUAUGUGAGACUGUAACUUUUACACGGAACAAUUUAGAUACAGUACGGACUACAUUUCAGUUUACCGGUGCAAAAGCAGUGCCUGCACAUUACUCAGAAUUUUAUGAUGUUUCUGUUUCUGUUUUAUUUUUAUUUUGUUUCAUUUUACUUUUCAUCUGCUUCUCUCCAAGGCAGCAUAUGUAUAUGACUGUGUAUACAAAUCAAACACAUACCUUUCACCUUUCACCAAAGGUAUGGUCAACUACUUUCUCAAAACGCUUCCAGUACCUAAAAAUAACCUUGCUGCUGCUCCACGGCUCUUUCCACGCAUGCAGCCACUCGGCAUGCGAGCAAAGUUGUGUGACCGGCCUCGCAGCCCAUGAAGGAGAAUGUCAUAAUUUAGGAUAACUGCAGAGUGCAGGACUUAGUCUGUAAUUUAGUGAGGUUUUUUGAUAGGACUUUGGGGUGUCUGGGUUUGAGGUGAGAAUUAGCCACUAAAUGUGUUAGCUACUUUUACACUGCUAACUGUCAAUCAAACCAAGCCUGCAUUCUGGCUUCUUUCUCUCUUUUAGAAAUUGUUUUUCAUCCUUCUCUCUCUCUUUUUUUUUUGUUCCUUUUUGUUUUUGUAAAUAGUUAAUUAUUACCACAUGUAUCCUAAGCACUGUUAUACCACCUUUACUCAAGCCUAUGUAUACUUAUACAGUAUCUAUAUUAUCACAGAUUUUAAAGGGCUAAGACGCCAAAUCUAACUGGAAUAGUAAAUCUAGGCCAAAGCAAGGGGCCUGUCUUGUUUAUAUAUAGCUGCAUACCAUACUUGGAAUUGGCAUAGCUAUGGAUGUAAUUUCAACAGAUGCGUUUUCGUUUUAUACGUCAGUUCACCUUUAAAAACAAUUCCAUGAAUUGUUCCUCCUCAGUACACCGUGAGCUCGGUGGGCGGAGAGUUUGGGAAGCUGCGCCAGACCUCCACAGAUAUCACACCCUUUCGUUUCUGACAGGGAAGUGGAUUUUCUAGAAUGUCUGAGGGCCUGAUUGUGUUGGUGCGCACCUCCACACCCAGGCCCUCCUGUUCGAUGAUGUAUGCUGCGCAGCCCUCUAGUGGCUGCAUUCUGUAAAUACCAGGUCUAUAUAUAUAUAUAUAUAUAUAUAUAUAUAAAUAUAUAUAAAUAUGUAAUAUGUCUGCCGCUGUACAUAGGGCUACAUAGAUAUUUCUCAAGACAAAUUUUUCAGAAAUAUAUAUGCAAAUUCAAUAUAGACCCUUUUUUUUUUGUUUUGAUUCAUUAUCACUACGUUCUGAAACACUAUGCUCUUUGUAAUGAAUUUGAUCCUGUUUUUUCUGGUGAGAAUGAGUUAGGGUGGGCUUAAACAGGGAUUGCUUGUGUAUUUUGACUCAGUCAGAUUAUUUGUUUAAGGGUGGGUUGAUGUAUUUGCCUAGUUUUCCAUGUUCACUCUCAGAAAGAGGACAAGCUAAACAUACCAUGCUGCUCUCUAAUAUAAGCCAUAUGGAUCACCAUGCUUGUAAUACAUCUGAUGCAUUACAGUGUAGCCAGAGCCAUGGAUAUUCUCAUUAUUAACUCGUAUGCUAUUUAUCCAUGGCUUUUGGGAGAUAAGCUUGUUCAUGAUUAGAACUCAUACACCUCUUCUGCUGUCAUAUUUGGCUUCUGCUUCCUUAGACAGAAUGUAAUGGCUUAGAAAACCAAACUGCCAGUUUAAAUGCAGAAUUGAAAAGCUAACGUUUAGAGGUCAGUGAUGCAUGUGGGAUUAUGAUAAAAAAUAUAUAUAUAUGACAUGUCUUUUAUAUCAACAAUACCCCAAAUGAGUUCAGAUGAUUUCACAAGAGCUGAACUGGAAGUUUUUCAGAGCGAUGAUUCUCUUGUUUUCGUCUCCUAUCUUCUGAGAUGGAAGACUGGAAACAGUUCCUGUGAUUGGCCCUGAAAUCUCUUAUGAUGCAAACCUAGUCUCAGCAGGUCGGGUUGGUUAGUGUGAGAUCUUUGAGGAAGACGGUCGGAGAGAGCAGAGCGUAUGUUCGACAUUGAGCUGAUGGAUUCUCUGCUUUUUGAGAAGUUGUAAAAGAUGUUGCUUUAAUUUUUUCAGAACCCAUGUGGGUUUUUUUUUUUUUUUUCAACCAACCUUAAAGUAUUUAAUCCAUUUUCUGUCACUGUGGCUUUAUAACAACACUUCUUUGGUCACUGUGACUCUGUGCAUGCCUUCAGUCGGGAUGUACACAAAGUAUAUGAUGUGCAUAGCACAUAUAAUAAAAUGUGUUUUGGAUUUUUAACAUA